AUGCUAUUUGCUUUCAUAGCAAUAGGCUGCUUCCUGGUGAGCAUCAGCGUCCAGGCAGAAGAAUGCUUCACCUUCAAGGAUCCCAAUUUGUUUAGGCCAUACAACGAACGCGUCCUCAACACUGGUCUGGUGUGGGACCCAACAAAGAUGUCUGAGAUUUGUGAAGAACUAAGUGGUGGAAAGUUUGCUAGUCCAGACAUUAGGUACGAGGCAGAAAGGGAUUUCGCGAGAGAGCGAAGACGAUAUACACUCGAGGAGAAAGUGAAGAGAACCCUGUCCAAGCCUUCACCUCCAAAUACACAUCAGAAGAAUAUCGUGAAGAAACUUCCAACCGGCUGGAAGUACUCUUGUAAUGCCCUCGAGGUUGGAACUAAAAUGAAAGUCCUAUGCGUCUACUACGAGUGA